GGCAAGAUGGUCAAUACGGGGAAACCAAGUAGAGCGUGCGCGACGUGCAAGAAGAGGAAGAUUAAGUGCGAUUUGCUCUCGCCGGCAUGUUCUCAGUGCACGAAAUCUGGGUGGAAGUGUCCAGGCUUUCCAUCGGAGGCAGAUGUCAACUUUCGCAACCAGACGGGAAUUGUGCAGAAGAAGAAUAAGCCCGUUGCUCCGAAUGCCGUUUCUGUCCUCGGAGAAAGAACAAGGAGUGUCUCUCCAUCAACCACAGACCAGGCGACCAAUUUCUUCAUCCAGCAGUAUGUCCUCACUAUUAAUGGUGCAUCCAGCUCUGCACCCCUUAGAGGCAAUCAUGAAUACCUCCCCAGUCUCUUGCGAAAUGAGACGUCUUCGUUUGGGGUGCUUAGCACCAUUACGGCAGCUGCGGGCCUUGCAGCUUUGUCCAACGCUGGUAAUGCUCCUGCAUGGCGAUCCGAGGCGUUUCGGAUGUACGGCAAAGCUAUUCGACAGCUGCGCGAUGCCCUGCAAGAUCCUGUCGAACGGGUAUCGGAUCAAACCCUGGCCGCAGUCAUGCUCAUGGGGAUGUUCGAGACUAUUGCAUCUGCCGAUGUCAGUUCCAUGCAGUCCUUCAGCCAGCACACCAUCGCCGCAGCACAAUGCAUCGAGAUGCGGGGGCCAGGCCAGUUCAAAAGCGAGGCCUCCCUGAAGCUCUUCGUCCAGAUGCGUCGCAUCAUUGUCAUGACUAGCCAUCAGCUGCAAGAACCCAUUCCCUACGCACUGAAAAAGUGGUCCAAGUGGGCAGAGUGCAUGGACAUCAAGGGACUUGAGCCAGCAAACCGCUUCGCGGAGAUGAAUGAGAUUCUUGCUAGAGCUAGGGCUGAGCUCAAGUACCAAGACAUCAAGGAUCCUGAGACAGUGGCGGCGCGUCUACUCCCCAUCGACGAAAUGCUAAAUGAAUGGGCCCGGUCACUACCUCCCAGUUGGUCUUACAAAUCUUACCGCUCUAUCGGGCCUGGUGGGACGCCUUCCAGUGGGUACGAUCAACAAUACGACAUGUAUGAUGAUCCGUGGGUUGCUUGUGUUUGGAACAGCUACCGCAACAUUCGGCUGCUCAUCCACGAGUCCAUAAUUACCGCGACACUCAAGUACGGCACAGAAGAUCAAAAAGCCAAUUUGCAGAGCUCGGGGAAAGUGCUCGUCGACAUGGCAAAUGGCAUUUGCCACAGCGUUGCGUACCAUCUCGGCCACCAACCAGGUGACAGGGAAGCCGGGGGCGUCAGACAGUUCACCUACUCGGACGAUGUCGCCACUCCAAGGGGAUGGCUGCUUCUGUGGCCUCUGUUCUUCUCUGCCAUGUUGAGGACUACACCCAAAGAGCAGAGACAGUGGGUGGCAAAGACGAUUAGACAGAUGGGUCUGCAGAUGGGACUUCGGUUGGCCAUGUCCAUGGCAACCAUGCUGGAGGAGCGGGAGCUGUCAUUUUCGCAUAAUGACACCUUCUUCUUGGGGACAUGGCACCCUAACUGA